GUACGCACUGAUCACUCACAUCGCAAACAAACAAUCUGACCUCUCAAUUUCGUCUUCUGAACCAUCCAAUCCGAGCGUGAGAAGCAGUGAAACACUGCCCCCUUUCGAAACUCUCUCUCUCUAUCCCCAGGCCUGCCACUACUGCGCAUUACCUCCUACAGGCCUUGUCUCUCUCUCACGUCUCACGUACUCGAGUCUAUAAAGUCUAGACCCUUCUCCGUCGAAGAGGAAAAUGUCUUCACAUCAAUCACAAACAACGACGCACUCGACAACAUUAGCCAAACGCCAGCAAGAACAAGAACUAUCUCAAUCUCAAUCUCAGUCCCAAUCCCAAUCCAAAUCCCAACCACACCAACAAGAUGUUCUUCAACGGGACGACAACGACUAUGUUAUCGAAGAGCAAGAGCAGUCGGCAAAAGCAAGCGCUUCGGCGGGAAUCAAUCUCAACAUAUUCGGAGCGAUCGCAGGGGCAUUCUCAUCCAAGUCAAGCAACAACAACAACAUCAAGUCGGAAACGCAGCCAGACCACCACGUCGACGAAAUCGAACGGAGCGAGCAGCGAGAGGAAUCCGCGAAGAUGAAAGGAGCUGGAGCAGCUAACGCAAAUGGAGCUGUGGCGGGCCAAGCGGAACAGUUUGCGAAACAUGGGAAAGUUGGAUACAACCCGUCCCGCCCUUCAGAGGCCUUCCGCCGCAGCCUCUCAACCAAGCCUGCUCCCUCACCGCCCCCGACCGCUGUAAAGGACGACGACCUUCCCUUCCUGCUCGAGCUUCGAGGCCAGCGUCCGCUCCUAGCUCGUCUACGGUCCAAAGCUCGUGAGCCAGCGACCCUUCUCACCCUCUUGGCCAUUGCCUUGAUCCUUCUCGUCCAACUCAGCCUCCCCCGGGACUUCUUCCUGUUCCGUCCUCGCGAUCCUCCGCAACCACCGCCGACCUGUCCGUCGCCCAACGCAUUUGUCCAAGAGCUCUAUUGUAGAGCUCCUCCGCACGUUCCGGGAACUUUAUACGGCAAGAGUUCGUCCAGCAUGGCAUUGGCUGCCGCAGCAGAGCGGGUGGCCGCAGAGUUCGAGUACAGCAAGGAAGAUGUGAACAAGGGCGUUCAUGAGUUCAUCCGUCAGAUGGACGAAGGGCUGGCCAAGUCGGGAGCCACCAUGAGCCAAAUCCCAACCUAUGUGACUGCUGUGCCCAAUGGGACGGAGAAGGGACUGUACAUGGCUGUGGAUCUGGGAGGCACGAAUUUCCGAGUCUGUUCGAUACAGCUACAUGGCAACAGCACCUUCAGCCUCACGCAGAGUAAAGUGAAGAUUCCCUCAGAGUUGAUGGUUGCCAAGACGAGCCACGAAUUGUUUGGUUUUCUGGCAAAGCAAAUCGAGCUGUUCCUCCAGACACAUCACGAAGAACAUUAUACCAGUCAUAAAGAGAAAAAGGGCACUUCUGAGCAAGAUGUCUUCAGUCUCGGCUUCACUUUUUCCUUCCCCGUGCAGCAGUUUGGCAUCAACAAGGGUACGCUGAUUCGAUGGACCAAGGGCUUUGAUAUCCACGAUACCAUCGGCAAGGACGUGUGCGCUCUACUGCAGGCGGAGAUUGAUGCGUUGGGGUUGCCGGUACGGGUCGCUGCAUUGGUCAACGAUACUGUUGGAACACUCAUGGCACGAUCGUACACGUCCCCAGGCAAGACAGGCACCCUCCUCGGUGCCAUCUUCGGAACGGGAACGAAUGGAGCAUAUGUGGAAAAGCUGGACAAGGUCACCAAGCUGUCGAACAUGAGCGCCAAGGAAGCUGGCGAAAUCGACAAGUCGACGGGGGAGAUGAUCAUCAACACGGAAUGGGGCAGCUUCGAUAAUGAGCUUUCUGUCCUGCCUCAAACUCCGUACGAUGCAGACCUGGAUCUGGAAUCUGUCAAUCCCGGAAUCCAAAUGUUUGAGAAGCGAGUGUCGGGCAUGUUUUUGGGCGAAAUCCUGCGACGAGCGCUGUUGUCCCUCCUUCGCGAUUUUGACGUACCACUCUUUGCGGAUGAGCACAGUAACCAGAAUGACAUCCACAGCACGACGAAUGUCGCUCCCGACUCCCCACUGUACAAGCAAUGGGGUCUCGAUUCCAGCUUCUUGUCCAUCACGACGGGAGAUAGCUCCAACGGGCUGAAGGUGACGCGCCAAACUCUGGAUCAGGAUUAUGGAGUUUCUGCUGCAUCCGCAGAAGAUGCUGAAGCGGUACGGCUCAUCGCUUCUGCUAUCGGAAAGCGUGCAGCGCGUCUCAGUGCAGUGGCGAUUGCAGCCAUCAUCAUUUCGACGGGUCGUCUACAAAACCCAACGGAUAUUGGUACCACGAACAAUGCCACCCUGGAAGUCAAUGAGAACGACAUUGUCGAUAUCGGUGUGGACGGGUCUCUCGUGGAGUUCUAUCCCCGCUUCGAAGAGUACAUCCGCGAAGCACUUCGUGAAGUUCCAGAGAUUGGUCCCCAAGGCGAAAGAAAGGUUCGAAUUGGCAUUGCCAAAGACGGAUCUGGUGUGGGCGCUGCAUUGAUCGCGCUGGUCGCUGAUCAAGCGUCAAAAGGCAACUAUCCUUCUUCUUCUUCUUCGUCUGUUCAAUCCAGUAGCGACGGCUCCAGCUUCUUCAGCCGAUUGCUUGAUAGCAUCAACCGCAAUGUUCGAUACAGGGUCUAGAAUACCUCGAAUCUCAUGCUGCAGAGAACCCUGGACAGGCGUCAUGAGGAGGAGGAGGAGGAGGAGACAGGGGAAAAAAGCUUUGCGAGCAACAGCCUCACACUUGCUCUCGCUGUGCAGCAGACUGGACAUCUCAUCAUGGUUGAUCAUGGCUCUCUGACUUUGGAACCGUGUGCGGAGUGCAGACCGACCGACCGACCGACUGAUGAUGAUGAUGGUGAUGACAUCGUGUGAUAUGUGUAUCUGUACAUAAACCUUUGUAUACUCUUUUCGUGGUACUACUGGGUACGCCGUAGCUGCUCGUGCCAACUAUGCAUGUACCUCCUAUUCUACGUUUAUAGCAUCGGAGUUUCUUCGGAGAGAGCUAUUCAUUC